GCAACAUCAAAAUUUUUCUGUCACGCGUCAAAAAAUCUUCGAAACAUCUCCGUACAGUGAUAAACAAUAAUUGAGGCUAAUUACUACAACAAAUCACUUUAAAUUGUAUCCAACACCCACGUUCUUGGUACAGACAGCCGUUUUCAGACAUAAACAACGCGAUACCAGCACGACCGGCGUUCCGUGUGAUGUGUGAUAGUUGAAAAUCCAUGCGUUAUGGCAUCUGGGUCUAAAAAUGAUAUAGUUAAUAGAUUGUUGAAUGUGAGACUGGAUGACGGCGGUGGCGGAGAUGAGCUGCCGCCGCAGAACAUGCUGCCAUCGAACCAGCUGUCGCGGCAGCUCGGCCAGAUCCAGGAGGAGGACAACGGCCAGCCGAGCGGGCCGCUGGCCACGGCUUCCCCCAUAGAAAACCUUCAGCCCUUCAACAACACCGGCGGCCGCUUGCACAACUGGCAGGCCACUAAAACGACUGUUAAAGAGAGGUUAUCGUUCCUUUUUAAUAACGAAAUUCUAUGUGAUGUACAUUUUAUAGUGGGCAAGGAUGCCAACCAGCAGGUGAUCCCUGCGCAUAAGUUUGUGCUAUCUGUGGGGAGUGCGGUGUUCGACGCUAUGUUCAAUGGAGUGCUAGCAACAAAGUCUGAUGAGGUGGAGUUACCGGAUGUGGAGCCGGCAGCAUUCCUACACUUACUAAAGUUCCUAUACUCUGAUGAGGUGCGAAUUGGGCCAGAGAGUGUGAUGACAACACUGUAUACAGCUAAGAAGUAUGCUGUGGCUGCCUUAGAAGAACAUUGUGUAGAUUUCUUGAAAAGUAAUUUGGGCACAGACAAUGCAUUCCUCCUGUUGACGCAGGCACGGUUGUUUGAUGAGCCACAGCUGGCAGCAUUGUGUUUAGAGAUGAUAGACAAGAAUACUGCGGAUGCUUUAAAUGCUGAAGGGUUCACAGAUAUCGAUCAGGACACAUUGAAUGCAGUUUUGGAAAGAGACACGCUCCGCAUCAGAGAAGCGAAGAUCUUUUCAGCGGUACUCCGGUGGUCCGAAGCGGAAUGUAUACGGAGGCAGCUGCCUGUCACGCCUUCCAACCAGAGGAUGGUCCUCGGCCGAGCCUUCAACGCCAUUCGCUUCCCCCUCAUGUCCGUCGAAGAGUUCGCGAUGGGACCAGCGCAAAGUGGCCUCCUAGACGACAGAGAAAUAGUCCAGUUGUUCCUAUACUUCACAGUGAAUCCUAAGCCAAAUGUGGGGUUUCUCGACACGCCCCGCUGCUGUAUGACGGGUAAAGAGCUCACGGUGAACAGGUUUCCCCAGACGGAGUCCAGGUGGGGCUACAGCGGGACCACCGACAGAAUCCGGUUUACGGUCGAUCAGAGAAUUUUUGUCGUCGGCUUUGGAUUGUAUGGAUCGUAUUUUGGGCCGACGGAGUACGAGGUACACUUACAGAUAAUUCACCUAGCGACGAAAAAGGUGUGCGGUUCGAACACGACUACGUUUUGUUGCGACGGUACCGACGACACGUUCCGCGCCAUGUUCAAGGAACCAGUCGAGAUCCUGCCACACACCUCAUACAUAGCUAGCGCAAAACUAAAGGGUACCGACUCUUACUACGGCACAAAAGGGCUGCGCAGAGUAACAGUUGAUUGCAAUAAUGGCGAGAAAGUCGUCUUCCAGUUUUCAUAUGCGGCCGGCAACAACAACGGCACCUCCGUGGAGGACGGCCAGAUACCAGCCAUCAUCUUCUACAUAUAAUUACUACGCUGGCAACAUUGCGAAGCAGGUGAUACAAAAUUUUUCGAACUAGCAACAUUCAUUCUCUCAAAGCUGGCAACACAGUGUUUUUAGAACACGUUUCUCUGCGCAUUGGUAAGUGGCUGUGUUUUGUAAUUGUAAAAAGGUUUUUAAUUAAAAUGUAACCUCUAGGGAUGUGCGUUUCCGUGAUAGCUACUUUAUCGGUGUGUGACAGAAUUGUGUCUUUCCAAACACGAUAGUAACAUCACUAUUUAACAUCGAGAUUCGUAGUCUGAAGCUGAAUUCAUGCGUGCUUAUUUGUUCAAAGCUGGCAUCAAUAAAAAUACUAUUUAAAUGUAAAUUAACAAUAACAUGGCCUUCGAAGUAAUAAAUCACUAAAUUAAAUCUAAGUAUUUAUUUUGAACAAUCAAAUAACAAAUUGAAAUAGCAUGUAUGUUAAUAAUAGAUUGAAUUAUUCUAACUAGUUUCAUACUCGACCUCGUGUCCGCAGUGAUUUUAUUAAAAAACAUAUCAUUAUGACAAGAAAUCUUAUAAAUAGAGGGGAUUUUUGAUGUCGCUUCAAACCAUUUAGCCUUAAAAAUAACAAACGAAAAAAUAUGUUAACUAACAUUUUGUACCACAUUUUAACAAAAUUCUUAAUAUUAGAAAAUAAAUGUAUAUUAGUAAUCAUUUGGCAAAUUCUGUAGUUUUUCAGUAUUGCCGUUCUGUAAAAAGCUUCCAUUUAGGAAAUCAAUUUCUCCUAUCAGAACGCUGUGUAAAGUAUAGCAUAGUCAUAAUUUAUGUAAAACAGGAAAUAAGUAAAUACAUCACAAUAAAAUAGGAAAUAAUAAUUUAUUCACACCAAUAAAGAGUAGGAUAAAUUAGUUAAACAUUUUUAUUAGCUUUUUCGGUAUUUUCUUAUAAAAUUACUUGGUGCGCUUGUUUACGCUAAAAAAAGUUGCCGGGUCUAUGCAAGUGUAGUUUCUUCAAAUAAAAUGUAUAAACAUGGUUGAACUUAAGUGUCUGUACGCGCGGGCCCAUGUGUGCGUGCUAGUCAAGGAAGCUUCAAUGGGAUAUUUAACAAAAAAAACUAUCCCUCAGACAGAUUUCCAAAAAAUAUUGGAUACGUAUAAUUUAUUUUAUCUCGCGAACAAAAAAUGAAAGGGACAGGUACAGUGAUUCGAAAUGGCGUAUGACGUCACUUACUAGUACGCUUUUUACUAGCAAGUGGUGUUACCAGCCCCAACUUCCAUAACUUUCAGUAUCUUAAGUAGUUUAAAUCUUUUUUUAUUAAGAUGUGGUGAAAGGAAAAACACGUAUUUAAGAUUUUUUGGAAAAUCUGGCUGACGUACUAAACAGAUUAAAAUGAUUCAAUUUAGUAAAAUACCAUAUUCUCCUGCCUAUUGUUAUUCAAUGUCACUGUUUAUUAACAUCGGUUACACCCACCCCUGUGCGCCGCGCGCAACGAUGAGUUGAUGACUGUGUACUACUUCUUAUUACUACUAAAUUCCUAUAUGUAGUUUGUCUGUAGACCAAUAUUGCAUAGACGCCUAUUUUUUACGGCCGACGCACGGUUGGCCCUAUGCAGCGAUUGCUUUUUAAAUAACACUCGAAAGUCAACCUUAAAACUCUGUUUUCAUGGUGCAUAAUUGUGUAAAAGAAAAAAUGCGUGGAGAGUGCCAGAAUAUUAGUACCUUGUCAUUUUAUUUUGAACUUUACACGAAUUGUUUUAAAGUCUGUUUUCGAGUGUGGCUAAGAAUGUGGCGUUGGGUUUUAUUGCGUCGGCUGUUAGCAUGUACCGGCCUUAAGUUACUACUUAUAAUAGUUUGUUAUCGGGGCGUAAAGUUCCUCUGAAUUAGGCGGUGGUAAGAAUAAAUUGAUAGUUAAAGGCGAGGCAUUGAAAUUCUAAAAUAGUCAUGAAACGAAAAAGGAUUUAAAUUAUAUUGAUUAGCGCAGGCCUUAGAGGCGUAGCGGAGAGAAAUUUUAUUGAAAAUCGAAAAUUAUCCCAAACAAAAUAAAGUCUAUAAUUGCUUGAACAUUAUAAAAACGCUUGCGAGGCCUCUUGUCGAUUUUCUAUUCUAUCGAUAUAGUGUCAAAGUAUAUUUUUGAUUAUCAAUAAAUCCUAUCCGCUGCGAUUCUCUAGAUCUGCUCUAGCACAUAAUAUCCUAUUAGUAUAAAAUGAUUGCCGUCGCUUAAACAAAAUUUAAUAGAUGUUUCUGAAGUUUAUAAUUAUUUUUACGAACUUAUUCUUCUCUACAUAUUUGAAGGUCUAACAUUUCAUUGUUGGAGUACAGUCAAAAGCAAAAUUAUUUCAGAAUUUCAUGUGGUAUUUCAAUUUCUAAUACAUAUUUUUUUAUUUUAUAUUCAAAUCAAUAAUGCGCGAAAUAUGUAUAAUACAUAACACUUAUUUAUAUUUCGCUGUCUUUUUAGUUGUUAUUACUGGUCUAUUUAGUUUCAUGAUCAUAACAAAUUCAUUUCUGUUCUUUUCCCUUGAUAUUAGUCCACCGAUAUAAUAAUUGAACUGAGUUACUCAUUCAUGUAUGUACGUAUAAUUCUCACAAAUAGCCUAUUGUCUUAAAUUUAAUUCCUUCCAUAUUUUACUUUACUUUUGCUUACGACUGUACUAUGUAUAUUUGACGUCGAUCAAAUUUUAUCAAUCAUACAAAUAAAAAAACACUAAUAAUGGUUUAAUAGUAAUUU